AUACACCUGUUGGUCUUUUACAAAAGGUCUGGUUCGAUAUUAUGUAUCAUCUGUGUAGAAGCCUAGAAGGGGUAGAGAAAACCUUCGUUUGAUGACGAAAGAGACUUUUAAAGUAUCAGUAGAUAGUACGGGAAGAGAGUAUGUUUUCCAAGAUAUUGAUGAGUUGGAUAAAAAUCAUCGCUUGGAUUCGGAUCUAACUUCUUAUGUUACAGAUGGCAGGAUGUAUGAAAUUAAAGGGCACCCUCGUUGUCCAGUGAGCUGCUAUAAAAAGUAUCUUUCAAAACUGAACCCAGACAACAACAGUUUGUGGCAAAGACCAGUCGAUUCAUUUCAAAGCAGCGAUGGUAUCUGGUACGCCAAACAACCUAUUGGAAAGAAUACGCUGUCAAAGAUGUUACCAAAUAUUUGUAAACAGGCAGGUAUAAGAAACGUCUACAAGAACCAUUCGUUAAGGGCAACAAACAUUACCGUUUUGGAUGUGAACAAUUUCUCAAGUCGUGACAUAAUGUCUGUCUCUGGCCAUAAAUCAGAAUCUUCUCUAAAAAGCUACACAGGAAAAGUUGGCACAAAGCGCAAACAUGAGAUGAGUCAAGCUCUCUCGGCGGCAUUAGUCGAGACGUCAGAAACCAAAAUUGUUGAAUGCACCACAAAUUGUGAUGGAAUAUUAGACCUCUCACCAGAUCAAGUGGAAGCUCUAUUCGACAACUCAUUUCAAAAUGAAAAAGAAAAGGAAAAUGUGUCUUUGUCUGCAAAUGUUCCAAGCUGUUCUCAAAACCCCUUUUCAUUGGAAAGAUUUACACCAUAUAUCACAGGAUGUGUUGUGAAUUUCAACAUUAAUAAUAGCAAAUGAUUGUUGUCCAGUGAUAUAAUUAAGCAGAUGUUAUAGUGUUUGAAUUGUUUGUUACAGUUUAUUACAUUCAAU